UUCUAAGCAAUUUGAAACGUUUAGUGCUGCCUCCCAGAGAAGGAUAAUUCAAAGUUUAUAAACAGCAUUGAUUCAUUUCAAAAAUAGUCCUAUCCAUAAAUAUCUCUUUUACAUAUCUUACCUCAACGUAAAGAUUUCUUUUUCAUUCAUUAGAAAAUACACCUUCCUUCCACCACGGAUGUUUGAAUAUGCAAACCGCUUUGCAGUAUUUCAUAUAAAAGGAUUUAAAAAAUUUCAUAUACAAUCUCUACAUAAAAGAAAAUAUAGCGGUUUCGGUUUUGAUCCUUCUGUAUCUCAACUUCAAAAAAAUUUUCGAGCCACUCAAACUUACCGUUUACCACUACAUCAACGUACCCUUAUGACCAUCCCAACUGAGUCGUUAAAGUGGCCUGCUAGUAAGGUCAGGAGCACUUUCUUAAAGUUUUUUGAAGAGCGUGGACACACCAUUGUUCCCAGCUCUUCUGUAGUUCCUUAUGAUGAUCCUUCACUUCUUUUUGCUAAUGCUGGUAUGAACCAGUUUAAACCUAUCUUUUUGGGAACCGUAGACCCAUCUCACGAAUAUUCAAAGCUUAAACGUGCUGUUGACUCUCAAAAAUGUAUUCGUGCUGGUGGUAAGCACAAUGAUCUCGAAGACGUCGGUAGAGACAAUUAUCAUCAUACUAUGUUUGAAAUGUUGGGCAAUUGGUCAUUUGGUGAUUAUUUCAAAAAAGAGGCUAUUCAGAUGGCCUGGGAAUUGCUUACCGAAGUCUAUGGUCUUGAAAAGGACCAAUUAUAUGUUACUUACUUUGGUGGUCAUGAAGAAUCCGGCUUAGGACCCGAUUUGGAAGCUCGUCAAUUAUGGCUUGACAUAGGUAUACCGGAGUCUCGCGUACUUCCGGGUGACCUCAAAGAUAAUUUCUGGGAAAUGGGUGAUCAAGGUCCUUGUGGUCCUUGCUCAGAAAUUCACUAUGAUCGUAUUGGUAACCGUUCCGUUCCUGAACUCGUCAACAUGGACGAUCCCAAUGUUCUGGAAAUCUGGAACAUCGUCUUUAUUCAGUACAACCGUGAAAAAGACAGCACUCUUCGCCCCCUCCCUAACCGUCACGUUGAUACUGGUAUGGGUUUUGAGCGUCUAGUAUCCGUCAUUCAAAACAAGACUUCUAAUUACGAUACUGAUGUGUUUACUCCUCUCUUUGAAAAGAUUCAAGAGCUUACCGGUGCUCGCCCUUAUACCGGAAAAAUGGGCGAGGAAGAUGUGGAUGGUAUUGAUACUGCUUAUCGCGUUGUUGCUGACCAUGUUCGUACCUUGACCUUUGCUAUUAGUGAUGGCGGUGUCCCUAAUAAUGAAGGACGUGGCUACGUGUUGCGUCGUAUCUUGAGACGUGGUGCUCGCUAUGUACGUAAGAAAUUUGGUGUUCCUAUUGGAAGCUUUUUCUCACAACUUUCCCUUACUGUUGUUGAACAGAUGGGAGAAUUUUUCCCUGAGCUUCAUAGAAAGGUUGCAGAUGUGCGUGAAUUGUUAGACGAAGAAGAAGUUUCUUUCUCCAAAACUUUGGAUCGUGGUGAAAAGAUGUUUGAACAAUAUGCUGCCGCUGCUAAGAAGUCUUCCAGCAAUGUUUUACAAGGAAAUGAUGUCUGGCGUCUUUAUGAAACCUAUGGCUUUCCCGUCGAUCUUACGCACUUGAUGGCUGAAGAAGCCGGUAUUAAGAUUGACGAACCCGGAUUUGAAGCCGCCCAAGCACAUUCUAAGGAAAUGAGUAAGCGUGCCACUAAGAGUGGCUCUUCUGGUGGUGAAUUAUUAGUUUUGGACGUUCAUGCUUUGGGCGACUUAGCCAAAAUGGAUACAGUCCCCAAAACAAAUGAUAGCUACAAACAUCAUGAUGCUACUUUAAUGUCUACUAUAAAAGCUAUUUACCAUAGAGAUGGAUUCCAAAGUACCACCAAGGUAUUUGAAUCUGGUGAACAAAUUGGUAUUUUGCUUGAUCGCACAAACUUCUAUGCUGAACAAGGUGGCCAAGAGAACGAUACUGGUCAUAUUGUUAUUGAUGGCAUUGCCGAUUUCCGUGUAACCAAUGUUCAAGUUUAUGCUGGCUACGUUUUGCAUACUGGUUUCUUGGAAUAUGGCAACCUUAAUGUCGGUGAUAAGGUCACUUGUGAGUAUGAUGAGAUUCGUCGUUGGCACUUAAUGAAUAACCAUACCGUUACCCAUGUUUUGAACCUUGCCCUCCGCAACGUUCUUGGAGAAGGUAUCGACCAGCGUGGUUCUUUGGUUUCUCAAGAAAAGAUGAGAUUUGACUUUUCUUACAAGUCUUCGGUUCCUAUUGAUAAGCUUUUGGAAGUUGAAAAUUUCUGUAAUGAUCAAAUUAAAAAGAACUUGCCAGUCUAUUCAAAGGAUGUUCCUUUGAAGGACACCAAGGAAAUUAAUGGUUUGCGCGCUGUUUUUGGAGAAGUUUACCCCGACCCAGUUAGACUUGUUUGUAUCGGUGUUGACAUUGAUACUUUGUUAAAGAACCCCAAGAACCCAGAGUGGCAUAAUUAUAGCAUUGAGUUUUGCGGUGGUACUCACGUCUAUAAUUCCGGCGAAAUUAAGGAUUUUGUUAUCCUAGAAGAAAGCGGUAUUGCUAAAGGUAUUCGUCGAAUCGUAUCUGUUACGUCCACAGAAGCGAAUCGUGUUUCCCGCGUUGCUAAUGAGUUUGACGUCCGCAUUAAUGAAUUAGAGAAGAUGCCUUUUGGUGCUGCUAAGGAAGCCGAAUUAAAGAAGAUUGGAGUAGAUCUUUCUAAGCUUACCGUGUCUGCUGUUCGUAAACAUAAUAUGAGAGAGCACGUUGCUAAGAUUACCAAGCAAUUCCAAGAUCAAGUGAAGGCUGCUAAUGCUGCUGAACAAAAGGAGGCUGUUAAUUUGGUAGCUGAAUAUUUUAAGGAAAACCCAGAAGCGCACUUUGUCGUUGCUAAGGUUCCUAUUUCAGCCAACGCCAAGGCUUUGAGUUUUGCUCUCGCCCAUACGAAGAAGAACCUUAAAGGUAAGAGUGUUUACCUUGUGGCUUCCGAUAAUGUAAAGGUCGCUCACGCUUGUCUUGUUUCCAACGAGGCUUUGCAAAAGAUCACUCCUCAAGAAUGGUCUCAGAAGGUUUGUUUACAAAUUGGAGGACGUAGUGGUGGUAAAGGUGAUACAUGCCAAGGUGUUGGUGACAAGGCUGAGAAUGUUGAUGCUGCUAUUGAAGAAGCUAUCGAAUUUUUCCAAGGCAAAUUAACUUUGUAAAGUCUUAAAUAUUUUGAAUUUGUACAUUAGUUGUGCGUAAUAAUAGAGUCUUUUUUUCUUGAAUCUGAAUGUUUCGUUGUAUUUAGUUAAGAAUAGAUGGUUUACAUUUCCGGAAAA